UCUUUGAGUUUGAGAGAACUUGAAACAACAAUGGCUUCACUUUCCCUCUCUCUCUCCACACCAACAACACCAACCUCUCUUUCCUUCACAUCAUCCUCCAUCUUCUUCUCUUCACACCAAUUCCACACACACAAUAAUUCUUUCAAGUCCAACAACUUUCCCAUUUUACCCUCCAAAAACCCCCUCUCCAUUUCCUGCAAGGCCUCCCCUCCUCUUCCCGUCCUCAACUUCUCUGGCGAGAAGGUCGGCGAGUCCUUCCUCGACCUCCGCUUCGCCCCUCCCGACACCGCUCGUGUCGUCGUCCACCAUGCCGUCGUCACCGACCUCCAGAACAAGCGCCGCGGCACCGCCUCCACCCUCACCCGCGGCGAGGUCCGAGGCGGCGGCCGGAAGCCCUUCCCGCAGAAAAAAACCAGUCGCGCCUACCGGCCCUGCGGAGGCGUCAUCUUCGGCCCGAAGGCCCACGACUGGUGCAUCAAGAUCAACUGCAAGGAGAAGCGCCUCGCCAUCUCCACCGCUGUUGCCAACGUCGUCGCCAGUGCCGUUGUGGUGGAGGACUUCGCAGCGGAGUUCGCCGAGAAGCUAAAGACAAAGGAGUUCAUCGCAGCGAUGAAGCUGUUACAAGAGAGAGAAUAG